UUUUGAGCUCGCGUGUGGCUGAGUGUGGUCUUUGUGAGUUUCUACCACCAUGGCGUACCGUGGCCAGGGCCAGAAAGUGCAGAAGGUGAUGGUACAGCCCAUCAACCUCAUCUUCAGAUACCUGCAAAAUAGAUCUCGGAUUCAAGUGUGGCUUUAUGAGCAGGUGAAUAUGCGGAUAGAGGGCUGCAUCAUUGGUUUUGACGAAUAUAUGAACCUCGUUUUAGAUGACGCAGAAGAAAUUCAUUCCAAAACAAAAUCAAGAAAGCAGCUGGGUCGGAUCAUGUUAAAAGGAGAUAAUAUCACUCUGCUGCAAAGUGUCUCCAACUAAAAAUGAUGGAUGAAGUGAGAAAUGGUUGAGAAAGCAGUACAUUCACUUCUGUUUUUUUUUUUUUAUGUGUGUUGUAGGGCAUGUGCUUCUAAAACGUUUGUUCAUAUUGUUUUGAUUACCCUGUUAUUAACCAGAUGACAAUAAAUGCUGUGGGGAUGUUUUUAUUUAAAAAAAAAAA